AUGUCGUCCGAGAAGAGCACAUCGAGUCGUGAUGAGACUAAUCAUAUCGAGAGCCUCGAAAAAGGCGGCAAAGACAACGGUCUGAACGGCGCCGCCAUAGUCGACCCAGACACCCAGCCAUCAUGGGAUACCAGAGAAGAAAAGCGCAUCGUCCGCAAAAUUGAUAUGCGCCUCCUCCCAGUUCUCGCAACAAUCUACUCCUUCGCCCUCAUCGAUCGCGUCAACCUCCCCAACGCCCGCAUCGCAGGCAUGGACGAAGACCUCGGCCUCUCAAUCGGCAACCGCUACACCCUCAUCACUAUGAUCUUUUUCGUUCCAUAUGUGAUCUUUCAGUUCCCAGCAAACAUCGUGAUCCGGAAGCUCGGAGCUUGCCUGUGGCUGUCGAGCUUGGUUGUUGCUUGGGGCAUCGUGUGUAUAGGGAUCGGGUUCAAUAACAAUUGGACUGAGACUAUGGGGUGUCGUGUUCUGCUGGGUAUUUUGGAGGCUGGCUACUAUCCUGGCUGCAUCUUUCUGCUCAGCUGCUGGUACCUGCGGUAUGAGGUGCAGAAACGCUUCUCGGCGUUCUAUCUCCUGGCUCUGCUGUCGUCUGGCUUCUCCAAUAUCCUGGCGUAUGGUCUCUCCCAGAUGGAGGGAGUAGGCGGUCUGAACGGGUGGCGCUGGAUAUUCAUCAUGGAAGGAAUCAUAACCUGCGUCCUCGGCUUCCUCGGCUACCUCUUCAUCGUCGACUUCCCCGACAAGUCCACCCGCCCUCGACUAAUCCUCAAGAAACCCUUCCUCACCCAGUCCGAAGCCACCAUCGUCCUCGCGCGCAUCAACCACGACCGUGGCGACGCCGUAGUGGACUCGCUCACAGCAAAGAAAGUCCUGCACUAUCUCGCAGACUGGAAACUUUGGGAAUACGCAUGGCUCUACCUCCUCAACAACACCGUUACCUAUUCCUUCGGAUUCUUCUUGCCGAUCAUUCUAAGAGGGGACAUGGGCUACAGUACCACGAUGUCGCAGGUUCUGUCCUUCCCACCGUAUGUCGCUGCUGCGCCGUGGAUGUUCUUCACGGCGUGGGUAGCAGACCAUUACCGAAUCCGCGGCGCGAUACUGAUCUUCAAUUGCGCUGCUGCGGUAGUUGGCGUGGCAAUAAUGGGCUUCGCUACCUCCUCCCCAGCUGCUCGAUAUGCUGGCGUCUUUCUCGGUGUCUGCGGAGCUAACAGCAACGUUCCAACGAUACUGUCGUAUAUGCACAACAACAUUGUGGGCCAGAUGAAGAGGAGUGUCGCCAGUGCACUCAUAAUUGGUGGCGGAGCUAUUGGGGGUAUCGUGGCGAGUAAUAUCUUCAGACAGCAGGAUGCGCCGAGGUAUACGCCGGCUAUGGCGACGGUGAUUGCGACGCAGGUUGUUAGUAUCUUGCAUGUGCUGAAGAACUUUUGGGUUUACAGUAGGAAGAGCCGGAAGGCGGAGAGGGGAGAGAUUAUACUGGAGGGCCAGCAAGGAUUCAGGCAGACAUUGUAG